AUGAAUUUGUUAGAAAUAUAUACAGAUAAGCAAGUAAGAAAAUUAAUAGAAUAGAUAAAGAUAAUUUAAAUCAUUUGUUGUUUUAGCUUUGAAGACAAUCACUCUCAAAUUUUUAAGGAUCUCUACUCAUCAAAGCCUUAGAAAAAGUGA